ACAAAAUGCACCUGCUCAGCUUUUAACAAAUACAAUAUGAUCUGACAUAGUAAAAGAUGCAGUAACAUCAUUGACUUUCACCAUCAUGACACUGUAAAAUCCAUGUAUCGGUCUCAAUUCAAACUAAGAUGAGUGUAACAGCUCACUCCAGACUCCUCAGACUCUAAAUAUCUUUGAAUUCCUGGCAGCUCUGGACGUCUACAUGCCCAGUUAUUCAGUAGUAUUCCUAAGUCAUUUGAGAAUUUCAAAGGGAACACACAGCGGAGUGUUUCAAUGUUAUCAGUGCCUUGUAUUUGGAGGAGGAGUAACAUUACAAAGAAAGAACUUUAUGAUUUGGGCACCAGGAAAAGAAGGUUCUGGCUCCAACCAUGAAUUUACUGUUAUAUUAUGACAACGAAUAUUUAAAAACAUUACAUGGGGUUUUUCCCAUAUUAUUUCAACCUAUUCUACCCGGCAGAAAUACAAAAUAAAUAAAAUUAUUAAUUUUCCUAUGAAAUAUUUACUGCAUCUGUUAGUGCAAUAAUAAUUGUCAUAUAAUCCGUUGUGCCUCACCUCACACAUAACUGCACACAUACAGGUCAGUGACAAAUAAAAGGAAGAACCUGAAUAAAAGGUCGCACUCUCCCAGGAUGGCAAUGGCCCCAUCCAUAGGGCUUGAGGGGGUCACUGAAUGGUCUGACAAGUAUGAAAAUGAUGUCAAUCAAAUGCUGUGGCCUUCACAGUCACUAGACUUAAACCCAGCUGAACACUUAUGGGGGAUUUUGGACCGACGUGUCAGACAACAUCUCCACCUUCAUCGUCAAAACACCAAAUGAUGGAAUAGCUUUCAUAAGUUUGGUAUCCAUCGCUCCAGUACAGUUUAGAAACUUGUAGAAUCAAUGCCAAGGUGCACUGAAGCUGUUCUGGUGGCAGGUGGUGGUCCAACACCUGACAAAGACACGUUGUUGUUUUUUCUGUUGAUUUGUCACCCGUCUGUAGUUUAUAUAAGGUUGCCACAAUAGUGAAAAUGCUUGUAGCUGGUUCAAGUAACCAAAUUUCUAUUUAGAAGCUUAUCAUACUGUAUGUUUUGGUGUACAAUCUUAAUCUUCAAAGAAACUAGCUGAAAGUGUCUCAAAAUUGUACGAAGGCAUAGUACUAGAGUAAAAUUUACUUAAAGUGGUUCAAAUAUCAAAACAAACUGCAUUAAAUCAUGAAGUCUAUUUGAAAUGAACUUUGACCUACCAGUUUAAAUAUAUACACAACAUACUGUAACUGCCACAGAAAGGAAGCAUUCCGUACCCUAACUGCCCAACAUUCUAUUUAGACCUAACUGCCCAACAUUCUAUAGGACUCCAUAACACACCAAGAGACUCAACAGUCAGUUGGAUCUACACUUGCUCGAUAUUCGACGCUAUCGUGUUUGAAACUUUGUGGAAAUCCUCAUGGACAACAUGUCUACCAGAGGGAGUAUGAUUCUCCAUCAUUCUAAGGGCAUUAAACGCAAGGCCAGUCCUGAAAAGGACAGCCCCAGAAAAAUCAAAAGGGUGGCCAAAGCCUGUAACAACUCUGUGCAAAAUGGCAUUUUGGAAAGAGAAAAGUGCCAAAUCAGAGAAGAUGGAGAGACAUCCUUCUCAGUGGACACUGAAAAAGAGAGCAGCAGCAACACCUCAGACGUCUGCAGUACAUGGCUGAGCAAGACGAGCACUGAGAGGAAGGCUGCACAUGAUGGAGCAGGGUCAUGCAGGAAAAAGAGGAGGACCUCUGACCUGAAUGAGACCCAAAGAAAGACCACAGAGGACACUGUGGAGGAGACAACAGAGGACUUGACAGUAAAUGUCAAUAGAUUUGAAGACAAAUACACAGAGCAGAAUCUGCUUGGUGAAGGAGGUUAUGGCUCUGUGUUUGCUGGCUAUCGCAAAGCAGAUCAUUUACCAGUAGCAAUCAAGCACAUACCAAAAGACGAUGACCUCCGCACAGAACUGGAUGAGAAUGGGAAGGAGCUCCCUGUAGAAGUGAUCAUCAUGCUCAAACUCACUGGUGAAUCAGUGAGGGCACCUGUGUCCUUACUGGACUGGUAUGACCUGGACCAGGAGCUCAUCUUGGUGCUAGAGAGACCAGUCCCCUCUGAAGAUCUCUACAGCUACUUAGAGGUCAACGGAGGGUCCCUAGAGGAAGAGAAGGUCAAGGUCAUAAUGAAACAGCUGGUUGACGCAGCACUAGACCUUCAUAAUAUGGGCAUCUUUCACCGUGACAUCAAGCUUGAAAAUAUCCUGAUUGAAACCGGCUCAGAUGUCCCACAUGUUCGGCUCAUUGACUUUGGAUUGAGCUGCUUCUUUGAGGAAACAUCAUGUUUUAAUGACUUCUUUGGUACCGCUGCUUUUGUCCAACCGGAGUACCUCAGUAAUUUCACCUACAAGGCCGGCCCCACAACAGUGUGGCAGCUGGGAUUGGUUAUGUUUGAAGCACUCCACAAAAAUGCA